GGAGGUAGCAACCCAACAAAAAAAAAGUGUGUGUGGAAAUGUCAAAUGGUAGAAGAAAACUCGUGCUUUAACUUCUUCACAAAAAUAAUUAUUACGUAAUCGAUAAUAAAAAAAUAUACGAAACAACUGACUGCUUUGACAGUUGUAUUUACCGAAAAACCUUGGACUCGUCUGUUGAUAUAUUUAUACAAAUUUAUACAUUUUUCGGAUAUAAAUAGACUUUACAACGAAUAAAUGCACUCCGGAUUUUGAGGUUAGAGCCCCCAACCCCGAGUCAACGAUGCCUAAAAACGAACAGUUGCUGCUAGCCGCAUGGUAGAUGUUCACUGAUUGCCACCUGUAGCACCUUAUUUGAUGGCUGCUUAUAUAAACCGCACAAUAUCCUUGAUGUCGGGCGAUGGGCCCCACAACAAGUCCAUCCCGUCGAGCAUGGUCGACCCCCGGACGUCCCGCCAACCACCUGAUAACUCUCCGUUGCAGAUCUUCGUCAAAGCGAAGAAAAAAAUCAACGACAUCUUUGGCGAAAUCGAGGAUUAUGUCAAAGAUGCCGUCGAAUACAUGCACGAGAUCGAGAAGCUCCAAGACAUAGUUGAGAAGGAAAACGUGAAGAAGUCGGCCGAAUUCGUGGGGAAGGUUCACGGGAUUCGGGAUGUUCUUAGUAGAGACCAUAUGAAGGUGGCGUUUUUCGGGCGCACUUCCAACGGGAAAAGCUCAGUUAUAAAUGCGAUGCUUCGGGAUAAAAUCCUUCCCAGUGGGAUUGGACACACAACAAAUUGUUUUCUCCAAGUGGAAGGGUCGCCCUCCGACGAACCCUAUUUGGUUCUAGAGGGGUCCACCGAACAUUGCGCCGUGGAAUCCGUAGGUCAGCUAGCGCAUGCGCUGUGCAAAGAAAAAUUAAGCGAGUCUCAAAUGGUGCGUGUUUAUUGGCCCCGAAACCGCUGCUUGUUGUUACGAGACGACGUCGUGUUCGUGGAUUCACCCGGAGUGGACGUCACCCCGAACUUGGACGAGUGGAUCGACAAACAUUGCCUGGAUGCCGACGUUUUUGUUUUAGUAGCUAAUGCCGAGUCAACUCUUAUGGUUACGGAGAAAAAUUUUUUCCAUAAAGUUUCCACGCGUCUUUCCAAGCCCAAUAUUUUUAUUUUGAACAAUCGCUGGGACGCGUCAGCCACCGAACCCGAAUUUCUAGAUCAAGUUCGGAGGCAGCACCAAGAACGAGCCGUCGACUUCCUAGUAAAGGAGUUGAAAGUCUGCACGCCUAAAGAAGCCGAAGAACGGAUUUUCUUCAUUUCUGCUAAGGAAGUCCUCCAAGCUAGACUAGCGGAGCAAGGGCACACGGCUUCGACGCCUCUGACAGAGGGUUUCCAAAAUAGAUACUUCGAAUUUCAGGACUUUGAACGAAAAUUCGAAGAAUGUAUAUCGAAGUCGGCGGUCAAAACGAAAUUCGAGCAGCACUCGCAACGAGGCAAAUUCAUAGCGAACGAACUUCGAGAGAUUCUGGACGACAUCUACAACGGCGCCCAGAAGCUCAAAGACGAAAAACUGAAACAGAAGAAAGACGUCAACGACAAAAUCAACUACACGGAGGAGCAGCUAAUCAUAAUAACCCAAGAAAUGAAGCAGAAGAUCCACAAUAUGGUCGAAGACGUCGAACAACGAGUAUCAAAAGCUCUCAACGAAGAAAUCCGCCGCCUGAGUACCUUAGUCGACGAAUUCAACCUUCCGUUCCACCCAGAACCCCUAGUGCUAAACGUAUACAAGAAAGAACUGCACUUACACGUCGAAACGGGCCUGGGUUCCAAUCUGAAAGCCAGACUUUCAACCGCCUUAGCCAUGAACAUGGAAGCCAGCCAAAGAGAAAUGACCGAACGAAUGGAAAAUCUGCUCCCGGAAAACCACCUAGCGAAUUCGAACAUUAUCUUACCCAGGAGGCAACCCUUCGAGAUUUUGUAUAGGUUGAACUGCGACAAUUUGUGUGCAGACUUCCAUGAAGACCUGGAGUUUAGGUUUUCGUGGGGGAUCACCACGUUGAUCCAGCGCUUCGCCGGCAGCGGCGCCAACUUCCUUGCCCUCAAAAACAAGCGCGAAAGUCCCCAGAACUCCGUCAUACCUUCCACGCCCACCGACCAGUACGACGGGCGCGUGCUGUACGCGGGUCCCGCUCUGGAAGACUGGUCGCUGAUUUCGCGCCUGGCCAUCAUGGGUGUGACGUCCCAAGGCACCAUGGGUUGUCUCCUCGUCUCUGGGUUCCUCUUCAAGACGGUGGGUUGGCGCAUCAUCGCCGUGACCGGCGCCGUCUACGGGUGUCUCUACUUGUACGAGCGCCUCACGUGGACUAACAAAGCCAAGGAGAAGAGCUUCAAGAAGCAGUACGUUAACCACGCCACCAGGAAGCUGAAGAUGAUCGUGGAUUUGACGUCGGCUAACUGCAGCCACCAGGUGCAGCAAGAGUUGAGCGGCACCUUUGCGAGGUUGUGUCACGUGGUGGACGAAGCCACCGGCGAUAUGGAUAAACAAUUCAAGGAGCUGGAGAAGGACGUGGCCACGCUGGAGAACGCAGCGAGUCGGGCCAAGGUCCUCAGAAACAAGGCGAACUAUCUAGCACACGAGCUGGAGUUGUUCGAGGACGCGUAUCUUAAAAUCCACCACUAGGUGUGGUAAGUGGAAAAAGUUGCAAUUUUUUUUAACGAUGUUUAGUGACUUUGAUAUUGUGAUAGAUUUAUUUAUAAUAUUCGAGCAAUUGUUUGAUUUUAAUUACGAGUUGGUGGUUUGAGGGGUUUGGUUCGAGCUCGAUGUCGAGUUGAACGGAACCCCAUGACCGGAAAUAACGUUAUUAAUGUUUAUUUAAAUUAUACACAUUAUAUCAAAAAUUUGUAUGAAUAAAAUAUGAGAUUAAAAUGUGAGAUCUCUGGUUUAUUUGUUACCGUUUUGUUUAUGUGGAAGAUCGUAUUGCUAUAGGACUUCGCCUUCUUAAACAAAUAACUGUAGUCAAAUUUUUGUUAGUGUACAUAACUCUAUUAAUAAACGUUGUUGUUUUUA